AUGUCCGAGGUCGAAGAGAAAAAAGAAACAACGGUUGAUUUUCAUGAGCAUAUCCAAUCCUCUGCAAGCGAUGAUAUAUCAUCGGCCGAGCAAGGUCGAUCUGCACCAUCGGAUGCCGAAAAAAGAGUCGUUCGCAAGAUCAACAUGACAUUCGUGCCAAUGGUUUGCCUCAUUAUCUUUACACAGUACAUGGAUAAAAGCGUGCUCAACUUUAGUGGGAUUAUGGGUAUCUACGAGACGGGGAUUUCACAUGACCAGUUUGCAUGGCUCGGCUCGAUGUUUUAUGUUGGCUUUUUGGUGAUCCAGAUCCCGAACCAAUACUUUAUUCAGCGUGUGCAAAUAUCAAAGUACCUUGGCACUAUCCUUGUGAUUUGGGGUGCAUGUCUUGCUCUCACGGCUUUGGCUCACAACUUUUCUCAAUUGGCUGGCUUACGCUUUCUGCUUGGUUUUUGGGAGGGCACCACAUACCCAGCCAUUUUUCUGCUCAUCAGUACAUUGUAUCGGCGUUCUGAGCAGGUCUUGUGGUAUGGUACGGUAUUCCAGUGUAAUGCCGCUACAGGUAUCUUUGGUGGUUUGAUUUCUUACGGCAUUGCCAACAUGGAUGGUGAGCGUGGUCUUCGAGCAUGGCGAUGGUGUAACAUUAUUUGGGGUGCUUUCACAUUUUCGCUGGGUUUCCUAUUCUUCUUUUUCCUGCCUGAUCGGCCGAAAUCACGCUGGUUUCGACUCACAGCUGAAGAAGAAAAGAUCGUAGAGGAGCGUACAUUGGAUAACGCUGUGGUCCAAAACAAAAAGAUCAAAAUGGCACAUGUAUACGAGGCGCUGCGUGAACCACGUCUAUAUUGCUACUUUUUCUUGUCACUACUCCUAAACCUGCAAAAUGGAGCACUCACACUCUUUAGCAGCCAAAUCACAACAUCCAUGGGCUUCAGCGCAUUGAAUACCGUAUUGCUUUCAAUACCACAUGCUUUUGCCACUAUCAUUCUCCUUGCAAAUGUCAUGUUUCUCAGCAAGCGAUACAAUGACAUUUGCUAUGUUGGCAUGUUGAGCACGUCUAUUGUCAUGAUUGGUGCCAUUCUACUAGCUGCUAUUCCACCUAGUCCAGGGCAACUCGCUGGCAUUUACCUUGGCACCUCCAGUCCCCCCUAUACCAUGCUCCAAACGUCCAUUUCAUCAAAUGUUAGCGGGUAUACAAAGAAGAUUUUCUACACGUCGUGUAAUCUCCUGGCAUAUUGUCUGGGUAACUUUAUUGGGCCCCUUAUGAUGGUCGAAAAAGAAGCACCAAGAUACAUUGGUGGUCUUACCGGCUAUGCUGUGGCCGACUUGAUUUGUAUCCUGCUUUUUGCUUAUCUGCGAUGGUCAAUGGGACGAGAGAACAAGCGUAGAGAGAAGCUCAAAGAAGAAGGCAAGAUACCACCACCACCCGAGAAUCGAAUUGAUUAUGAUCUCACAGACAAAGAGGAUCUAAACUUUGUUUAUCGCCUUUGA